AUGACUAACCAAUCCAUCUAUUCAACCACACCGUGCGAGUAUACUGGCUCGUGCACUUCCAUUGCUCCCUGUAUCAUCAGAGGCAAACGAAUUCAACUUGUUCCUAUUGAUGCUACCCAUCUCACGCAGGAGUUGAUAUCCAGUUUUUACAUCUACUCAUGCACCGGAAAUGAUUUAUACAAGUACAUGCCAUCUGGUCCAUUCACUACUAAAGAAACCUACUCUACUUACUUGGAAUCAUGGACAACUGAUCCAACUAAAUUAAUGUACAUGAUUCAAUCUAUUCCAACUGACUCAACUCAACCCAUUCCUAUAGGUAUCAUCUGUUAUCUUGAAAUUCGUCCCAGUUUCCAUGUAGUUGAAAUUGGCCAUAUCUGGACUGCACCUCAGUUUCAGUCUCAACAGAUUGCUUUCGAGGCUACAUACCUUUUGACCCGGUUUGCUAUCGAGUAUUCUCAUUUUCUUCCCGACGAGUUUCUUUCACCAGACGACCCUUGUGUGAAUGGGUUUGCUCGGGUUGAGUGGAAAACACAUCAUUUGAACGUCCCUAGCCAGAAAUGUGCUCUGGCAUGUGGAUUCCAAUACGAAGGUACUUUUAAAAAACAUAUGCGUUUUAAAGGCAUGGUGAGAGAUACGCUGUGGUAUUCCAUACUAAAUGACAAUUGGCUCGAGACAAAGAAGUCCAUUGAGAAACGGGUAUCAGAAUUAAAGCCACUUGUUCUCAAAACGGAUUCAGGAUCACUCUAA